AUGACCGGCUUCGAUGACGAUCGGCAACUGGAAGCGCUCGGGUACAAGCCUGCGAUGAGACGACGCUUCUCCCCGCUAUCGCUUCUCUCAAUGUGCUUCGCGCUGACCGCCACGUGGAAUGGCUUCGGCGCGGCAAUAGGCGUCAGCUUAGCGCAAGCCUCGUCCGGAGGAACCUUGGUCACUUUAAUCAUGGCUGCCGGCCUCAACUUCAUCGUAUCGCUUGGUAUGGCUGAGUUGGCAUCAGCUUAUCCCAACUCCGGUGCGCAAUACUACUGGUCGUAUCGUGUCGCAAGUCGCGAAUGGGCGCCAUUUGCAUCCUACAUCUCGGCAUGCACCAGCACAGCAGGUUGGUGGUUGGGUCUCGCGAGUGUGUGCAAUUUCAUCACCGCGAUUAUAUUCGCGAUACUACACUUAUUCGGAGGACACGACCCAUACCUCUGGGAGCAAUGGUUAUGUUAUACUGAAGUACUGUGGUCAGCGGUCUUGUUCAACAUUCGAGGAGUCUCUUUCCUCCCAUUGUUCAACCGUUUUAUAUCAAUAUUGGUAUACUCAUCUCCAACAGUGGUAUUCUCGAUUUUGUCUUUGAUCCUGACGGUCGCAACUCUGCUUUUUUGUGCUUCCCCACAAUUUCAGAGUGUUGAAUGGGUCUUCCUCAACACGGACAACUGGGGCCAAUCAUACGAUGGCAGAGCAAGCCGGACUUGCUUGUGGCCACCUCUGUACGAUGGGUACAUGUUGAUGGCGUUAUGUCUACUCAACAAAACGUACGGGUUCAUGGGCACCGACGCCGGAGCUCACCUCGCUGAGGAGGUGCCCUCGCCCAGCAUCAACGCCCCGAAGGUCAUAAUCUAUCCAGUUUUGAUCGGCCUAGCCACGGCUUGGCCCUUCGGCGCCGCAUGCAUGUUUGUGAUUCAAGAUAUCGAGACAGUGGUGCAUCCGCCCAGCGGCUUCGCUCUUAUCGAGAUUUGCAUUCAGGCCACUGGAUCGAAAUUCGUUACUCUCACCCUUCUGUCCAUGUUUGCAAUAUGUCUGUUUGGAUGUGCGGUGGCAAACAUUACAGGCUCUAGCCGCCAGCUUUGGGCAGAUGCACGUGAUGACUGCUAUCCACUAUCGGGCUGGUGGCAACACGUCGAUCCGUAUUGGCAGGUACCAGUGAACUCCAUCUUGCUUUCUGCGAUCGUGACUACGAUCUAUGGUAUCAUGUUCUUGGGCUCGCCAGAUGCCUUCGCGUCCAUGGUGGGCGCCAACAUUGUCUUCAUGAUGGCUUCCUAUGUGAUACCACAGGGAAUCCUCGCCUGGCGCGGGCGAGAUAAGCUUUCCCCUCGCCCGUUCAAUCUGGGGCGCUAUGGCUACCUGAUCAAUGUAACAAGCUGCAUCUGGGUGACCAUACUUGUCGUCCUUGCAUGUCUACCGACGACGCGGCCAGUUAGCUGGAGCAAUUUCAAUUGGGUUGGGUAA